GGCGUGUGAAUGGGCAGAAAAAAGUAGGAAACGGCAGGCAGCUGCAGCAGCAGCAGCAGCGGCGGCAUCCACCGGCGAGACCGAGAGGAAAAACGGAACGAAAAAGCGGGCCGUGGCCACGGGCCAGAAGAAGGUCGCGUGGCAGCGCAAGCAACCCAAAUCAAGAAACCCAAGCCAGAAAGCGAGCGAGCGUCACGGGUCGUAGCACCGGGGAUUGCUGCUGCCAGGGCCAGGCUCGCCGUCGCGGGCGGCGGGAUGGUGGAGGCGGGCGGAGGGGGAGGAGGGUUCAGGGACGAGCGGGUGCCGCAGUGGGGCGUGCAGGAGUCGCGGGAGCUCAUCGCGGCGCGCGGGGAGCUGGAGCGGGAGGCCGCCGCGGGGCGCAGCGCCAAGACGCUCUGGGAGGCCGUGGCCGACGCGCUCCGGGCGCGCGGGUACCGCCGCACCGCCGACCAGUGCAAGUGCAAGUGGAAGAACCUCGUCAACCGAUACAAGGGAAAAGAAACAUCUGACCCAGAAACCGGUAGACAAUGUCCCUUCUUUGAAGAAUUACAUGCAGUCUUCACCGAACGUGCUAGAAAUAUGCAACGUCAACUCCUUCAGUCUGAAUCGGGAACUUCAGUUAAAGGGAAAUUAAAGCGACCUAAUGGCGACCAGUCAUCUGGGGAGUCUCAUGACAGAUAUGGUGUUGAAGUCAGCGAUGAUGAGAAACCCAUUAUAAGCAAAAAGCAGAAGGCUGGUGAUAAGGGGCAGCCAUCGCAACGAAUUGCAGAAAACUCAAGGACAGGCAGUUCAAGCGUCCAUGAUCUGUUGCAGGAAUUUCUAGUGCAGCAACAGAAUGUCGAUAUGCUAUGGCAUGAGACAAUGGAGCGGCGCGCCCAAGAGCGGCUCAUUUUCGAACAAGAAUGGAGGCAGUCGAUGCAGAAGCUGGAGCAGGAGAGGCUGAUGCUGGAGCAGUCAUGGAUAGAGCAAGAGGAAAAGCGAAGGAUGAGAGAAGAAGCAACUGUUGAACAAACUCUUACAAGAAGAUCUAUAGAAGGCGAAGCUUCUUCGUCAACGGGUAGAUAAUGUACUAGACAUCAUUUUUCUUACCAUUUGACACGUUCUGGUAGGGCACUGGAUAAGCCGCGGAGGUCGGAGCCACCCCCUCCCCCCGCCGCCGUGGAGGCCAAGGAGCAGGAGGAGGGCGACGAGGAGUGGGAGGCCGCGCUGCGGCAGUGGAAGUCCAAGACCUACGCGCUCUCCGUGCCCCUGCGCGUCGUCGCGCUCCGCGGAUCCUUCCCUCCCGCAUGGAUCAAGGAUUUCGUUGAAGCGGAGGGGAAGAGGCUCAAGUUCAGCCCCGAGUUCCGCCCUAGCAUCGACGCGCUCUUCUCUGAGUUGUCAAAAUGCGUGGACAAAGGUCAGGUUCAGCCCAAAUCCGCGAUGGCGGCCGACCUCGUUUCUAUUGGGGACUCUUGGCUCGGCUACGCCAUCCGUAAGGGACUGGUAGAGCCUAUCAGCAAUGCUGAGGAGCAGGAUUGGUAUCGGAGCCUGAGUGACAGAUGGAAGGUUCAUUUGUGCAGGAACCAGAAUGGAGAGGCAGAUUCUAGUGGCUCAGUAUGGGGUGUGCCAUACAGGUGGGGCACAGUUGUCAUUGCUUACAAGAAAAGCAAGUUUAAGCAGCACAAUUUGAAGCCAAUACAGGAUUGGGAGGAUUUGUGGAGGCCUGAACUUGCUGGAAAGAUUUCAAUGGUUGAUUCUCCUAGAGAGGUGAUUGGUGCAGUCCUUAAGCAGUUGGGAUCAUCAUAUAACACGAUUGACAUGGAAACGGAAGUCAAUGGUGGCAGGGAAGCAGUCCUAAACAGCUUUACACAGCUACAAAAGCAGGUCCAGCUAUUUGACAGCAUGAACUAUCUGAAAUCGUUUGGAGUUGGGGAUGUUUGGGUCACGGUGGGUUGGAGCAGCGAUGUCAUCCCUGCUGCAAAGCGAAUGUCCAAUGUCGCUGUUGUUGUUCCAAAGUCAGGCAGUAGCCUCUGGGCUGAUUUAUGGGCGAUACCUUGUGCGACAAGGUUUCAGACUGAUCGAAUCGGAGGCAGAACUAGAGGCCCAUCUCCACUCAUCCACCAGUGGUUUGAUUUCUGCUUGCAGAGUGCCAGAAGCUUACCCUUUCGCCAGGAAAUCAUCCCAGGAGCAUCGCCGCUGUUCCUUGAGCACCCAGCGCCGGAUGUUCCUCAAGAUCGGAACAAGAAGCAGCCAAAGCUGGAGACUAACCUUGUCAGGGGAGUGCCUCCCCCUGAAAUCCUGGAAAAAUGUGAGUUCUUAGAACCUCUAUCGGACAAAGCGGUGGGUGACUACCAGUGGCUGAUGUCGAGAGUGCAGAGACCACGCAGCGGUCUGUUUGGAAACGUGCUGCAAAGGAUAUCAACCGUGCUAGACUUGAAAUCGAGAUUUUAGAGAACACAUCUAUGAUACGAAGUUCAUCAAUCAUCAGUAUUUUUUUGAGAUGUCCACUAACUAACCAAUAGUCCAGAACAUGCAUAGGAUCCACUUCCAACAGUAGUACCACUUCAAAAAACCUCUCGUUGGAGAUUUAAUGUAAUCCAACUGUGAGAUUCGGACGAGAAAUGCUGUGGAUCAUCUCGGAAACUUUCUCGGUUGGUAAAGGAACAAGGUACGACUUGUUGAGCACCA